AUGGCGUACCGACAUGUGGUGAAGAAACCAACAUUGCAAGCUCGAAUAUUUCUUUGUAAUUGGUAUAUGAAGAUCGUCAGACCUGGAAGAGAACUGCCAGAUAAUACAGUUCAGUUUCAUGUACCCAUGGAGUAAGUUGAUAGGUUUUUUUUGGUCAUCCCUGUUUACCGCUGCAGUUCGAAUUUUGCAUGGAUCGAAGCGACUUUACAGAUAGGACAGAUACCGUCGGUUGCAGCUCCAAACAUUCGAGGUUUGGAGUAGGCGGCUUUUGGCUACUGGAUUUAUUUUCGCUCAACAAAAUAUUCGUGGCAAUAAUUUUAAGACGUUAAGAAUAAUUUCUGGAGGCAAGUCUGUUGUUUCUGAGCGAGAAAUGAUUAUGCCUAAAAGUUGACAAAAACGAAUCAUGAACGGAACGCGCUGGUCAAAAACAUGUAAACAACUAAGCUUUGGCGCUACAGUUUCCUUUAAUGGCUGUCAAACUGCAAAUGUUUGGCGCCAUCUUGACGAGUAGGCAAACGCGUGAGAAAUUACAGUGUUUGUAUGUGAAUCUAAUGUCAAAUAAUUUCCGUAAAACAGCUGUUCUGAAAAAAAUAUAUGAAUUGUAAACUAAAGCUUCACUCCUAAGCAUUUUACUGAAAAAAAUUGAGGACGUUAGAUCCACUAGAAGACCUAGAACCACUUUCUAAAAUGUCCUAUGCAUUUGUCUGUAAGAAAGUCCUGGGAAAAAUUACAGACAAAUAUAUGGAAAAUCUAAAGGAAGCCUCUGGAGAAAUUCAAGCACAGGUAUGCCCCCUCAAAUUUUUUAGGACAAUCCUUUGCAUUGUAGCUUUAAUUGACAAUUAAUAUUUUUUUCAGAACAUCCAUUUUACGGAAAUUAUUCGACAUUAGAUUCUCAAACAAAUACUGUAAUUUCUCACAUGUUUGCCUACUUGUCAAGAUGGCAUUAAAAACCAUGACAAGGUCUAUUGUCAGGCAUUUCCAAAGUUGUGUGCCCACAGAUGAUGAAUAUCUUUUGUUCUUCUGUUGUCUCCAAAGCAAUCAAGAUGUUUCGCCAAUUUCCACCCACAAAUAAUAGGAAGAGACAUUAUUCACAGGAAAAAAUAACGGAUUCCCAUUUUUGGAUACUUUAGGGAAUUUAAAGAAUACCCAUAAAAAUCCCAAAUUUGGCAAAGUGAGACAAGUCCCAACCAGGGAAUUUCCAACCAAGUUCCCUCCUUGGGACUUGUCUCAUUCUUCCAAAUUUGGGAUUUUUGUGGGUAUUCUUUAAAUUCCCUAAAAUAUCCAAAAAUGGGAAUCGGUUAUUUUUUCCUGUGAUUUUGAUUGACAGUAAAAUUUGCAUUUACUAUUGACAUGUAUCAAUAGGUGCGAUUCCGUAACCCCCCUCCCUCCGGCAAAAAAAUUGGGGGCAAUUUAUUGGUCUGGCCACUUACUUACUUGAAGCAUGUAGUUUUUAAUUCUAAAUAAUCUGCCCACAGUUUUAUUAAAUGUUUCAUGAUACUAUGUUUCUUUUUAGCAUGUCAAAACUGGAUAUUAGAAAUUACCUUCAGGGUAUCUACAAGGUUGAUGUUUACAAGGUGAACACCAGAAUACAACAUGGUGAGCAGUCCUGAAAAUUGUCCCAUGUAAGGUUAUCCAAGACAGUCUUGGAUUCUGGAUUCAUUGCUGUGGAUUCCAGAUUCCAAGUACUGUAUUGUGGAUUCAUUGUCAGUAGAACUUGGAUUCUGGAUUCCAAUCGUUAGAGAGAUUCUGGAUUCCUCAAGCUCAAUUCCAGAUUCCAAAGCCUAGGAUUCUGGAUAGCCUGUGAAAACAGCCAUUUCUCCUCGCUCCUCCCCACUGGAGACAUUUCGCAAAGAAGAACAUCUGCGACUCAGUGACAGAAAUUCCGUAUUGAUGACUUACAUGUAUAUCAAUGUUUACAUAAUAAAUCUGGUAGUCACGGGGUUCCAAAUGCAAAUUGGUUCGAUUUUACAUUUUUCUUGGUCGAUUUUGGUAAAGUUUUGUGUUCAUCUGUAAACAAGCUCCAGCAAAACUCAAAUGCUUCUUCUAGACAAGAAUGUAUUCCGGAAAUAUUGAGUGUUGGUUUUAGAUUCAUUGUGGCAGUUUACAUUUGACAUUUGUAGCCCUUUGUCUUUUGUCUGUUGUUCGUAAACAAUAGCUUAAACAAUGUUACUACUCCAUCGACUAAUUAGCGCUUCUGACCGGAUUCCGGACAGAUUUUACAUCAUCAGUAUGGAAUUUCUGUCACUGAGUUCAGAUGUUCCUCCUCAUGAAAUGUUCCCCGUGGCAAGAAGCUAGGAGAAACGGCUGUUUUCACAGGCUAGAUUCUGGAUUCCAGAGGCAAAAAUUUGCCAGGCUUCAGAGUCCAGAUAACCUUACAUUGGAGGACAGAAACUGUGCCAGUGUACUGAUCUUCUGUUAUCGUAGCCUGCAAGUAACCUCUUCAUUUGGGUAGUAUUACAAGAGGUCAUAUGUGAGUGGCACAAGAAAGUUUUGAGCCUUAAGAGAUUUGGGUUUUCGUGGUUUGCUUUGCUUGUUACUCAGAUGGAGAGCUUGAAAGUUAUCAUAAUAUUGAUUAUGUUGAUCAUGAUAUCGUUUUAAAGGAAAGGGAGAAUAAGUGAUGUGAGGUAACCAUUAAUCAGAAGCAGAAGCAGAAGCAGAAGCAUAGACCAAUCACGAUGCAUGUUCCCACGCUUUGUGAUUGGUUUAGUUCUUCCCCUUCUGCCUGGGACUUUGACGACCCAGUUUUCACUUGAUCAUAAAUGACAGAGUCAAAAGCGGAAUCACAAUCUGUUUUCACUAGAUGGUGGAGUUCUACGUUUCUGAUUACGACUCGAACUCCGUCACUAGUGAAAACCAGUCUUAAUGUCAUGAGUAUUGUAGUACUCUAUUGCUACUGAUAUUACACGGUUGCUCAUUUUCUGUGUUUGUAGGGAGAUAAUAAAAUGAUUAAACUACAGUUAUAAAGCAGGAACUACAUCAUUCAAGACAUUAUAAUAUUUUUAUUUCUUGCUUAAAAUAUAAGUUCAAUGUUUUAAGAAAAGCAAUAGCAAUGAAAAAAUACAAACAAAUUUUGGUGUUUCCUGUAUUUAUUUUCGUAGUAUUAAUACUUUCACAUUCCCUACUACUUCAGCUGAAGUUGAUAUAAAACUGUGGUGAUAGGGAAUAGUUAAAAAACACUGUGCUUAACUCUUCAUGGACUAAAAAUGUGUUGCAUAUUUACUAGAAACAUGCUGUCUUUUUUACUUAAUUUUAGGUAAAACAAAAACUAUAAUCAAGAAUGACAAACUUGUGAAAAAGAAACUUCCUGAUUACAAAGUGGCUUAUGUAACUCUGGUAAGUAUUGUGCACAGACUGGGUCAUGUAACAUAUUAUUUUCCAGGGCAGAAAGUUCCCUUUGUAUUGUUAUUAUUUUAGUUAAGUAGGGCUGUCACUGAGAGCUACAUGUACUAAAGGCUAGGAGGAAGGGAGUUCCCCCAGCUACUAUAAUAAGUAUGGCCCUCUAGCUUCUUAUUUAUUUACUUAUUUAUUUAUUUAUUUAUUUAUUUACUUGGGUUCACCAAUUCUAGGCGGGGUCACCAUAACAGCGCGUGUUGCUACUACGCAGGCCCAUGACAAUCGCUCCCCCCAUGAAAGAUAGAUCACCACACCAGGGACUAUGCCCUCCACUGGUUUUGAACACUGGGUGGGUUCUUUAACAUCCCACAGGAUUUACCGGUGUAAGAGUUGUGAGACGGGGCCUACAGUUUAGCAUCCUUAUCCGAGGAGACUAGAAAGUCUAGCCUUUUGCAGAUGUUUUAACAAAGACAGCACUUUCUCCUUAGUUAUUUAAACACCCUGAGUGUUGGUCCAGCUGGGGUUUGAACCAACAGCCUCCUGCUUGGCAGGCUGGCAUUGGUCAAUUGAGCCAGAACCUAACAAACCAGCUACCUCUUCAAUUCCUCCCCACUAAUUGCAUAUACAGCUGUACCUUGUAACUUGAAAUCUUAGUACACUGGUAACAGCCCUGUUUAGUUUUAUUCCUAGAUCUAUUUUUGUUUGCCUUUGUAACCCUGAGUAUAAUAACAACGGGUAAAUAAGAACUGAUCUCGGGGGUAAAUUUUUAUGUAGUACAUAACAUUAUCCGAAUAAGUAUGAUGAGCUCAACCAGUGUAUAAGCUGAAUCUCUUAUCAUUUUUAAACGUAAAAUGAAAGCCUUCCUUUUAAGUCAAUUUUUAAUGUCAUAAAUUUAUAUGUAAAUAGUUUCUUAAUAGUUUAUUGAUAAUCAACUUGUGAUCCUUUUUUUUAAAUUUAUUUACUGAUUUAUUUUUUAUUUUUAUUUUUGAUUACCUGUACUAUUAAUACUUGUCUCUGAAAAGCCCCCAUGGGGAGUUUACAAUAAAAUUUGUAUUGUAUUGUAUUGUACUUAGUGUAAAAAAGUUGAGGAAAGUGGCUUGGAUCAUCUUAAAAGCAUUUUAAGAGCAAGCCUUUAUACUUUAAACCUGAUAAGGGCAGUUAGGCCAGCACUGUACCAUUUAAACUUUUCAAUCUGAGAAUAAAUUUACUAAGAGGUACAGUCUGUGAUUCUGCAAUUUUAUUUUGAGUUGCAUGGACAAAUUAAUAGUGGAGCUGGUAGCAUGGCCAAGUGAACGCAUUGUCCUCUGUCCUCCCAACCCAAUUGACCUGGAUUCGAGUCCUGCUCUGAGCAAUAGCUAGCUUUUUUCUCGGUCAUCUUUAGUUCAAAUCCUUGGUCAUACGUCUAAAUAGCUCACUAGCUGCCUCUUACCAGAUGGGGUUUUUAAUCCUCUCAUGCAUGUUUAUUAUAUAUGUUGAAAUUUUUUUGAUUGGAGUAAUAAUACUAAUACUUAGUGGACUAGCUAGAGCAGUUAAUUGCAAUUCCACCAUAACAAAACAGGUACCAUUAUUACAUGUAUUUGUUUUACCCUUUGAGGUAACGCUCUCCCACCAUAUUCAAAAAUUAAUUAGAAAUAAGAGCCAAGGAAGUAAUUGAAGGGUGUUAAAUAAAGUAUUUGGGAGCUUCUUCAUUAUCUUCCUUCAUUAAAAAUUUGUUCUUAUUAUUGCAGCCCUCAUUUGAAUUAGGCUUUGUGUAGGAAAGUCAAAGACGAUUGCUGUCGAGUCAGUAGUUAGUUUUUGAGCAGUCAAGAUGAAAGCAAAGAGACUGAAUACCCUUUGGUACAAUAAUGUUAUGUUGAGAAUGUUCCUCUAUCUGAUCUCAACCUUCUUUCUCUUCAGGCUAGUGGUACUUUUAAGUUUCCUGAUUUGUUCCCAAAGGAUGAGGAAAAAGAUGAAAAAUCUGCUGAAGAAGACAGUGCUACGGAAACAACUACCCCUAUACGAUGGUUUUAA